AUGAAAAUUUAAAGAGGGAGAUAUAAGGAAGGAAGGAAGGAAGAAAGAAAAGAAUGGGAAGGGGAAGAGUAGAGUUGAAGAAGAUAGAGAACAAAAUAAAUCGACAAGUUACAUUCACAAAAAGAAGAAAUGGACUUCUUAAAAAGGCUUAUGAGCUCUCCAUUUUGUGUGAUGCUGAAGUUGCUUUGAUCAUCUUCUCCGCUCGUGGCAAACUCUAUGAAUUCUCAAGCUCUCCCAGUAUAGCCAAGACACUGGAGAGGUAUGAAAGGCAUAGCUAUGGUGCACUGGAAGCCUCCCUCCCUCCAAAGGACACUGAGAGAUGGUAUCAAGAGUAUUUGAAGCUGAAAGCAGAAGUGGAAGCUUUACAAUAUUCACAAAGACGAUUUCUCGGAGAAGAACUGGAUGAUUUGGAGACUAAGGAAUUGGACCAACUAGAAAUUCAAUUGGAAAUGUCUCUAAAGCAAAUUAGAUCUACUAAGAGGCAAACGAUGUUUGAUCAAUUAUCUGAUCUCCAAAAAAAGGAAGAUAAACUGCUGGAAACAAAUCAAGCUUUGAGGAAGAAGUUGGAGGAAAGUAGUGCAGCUAUUCAUCAUACAUCAUGGGAUUCUUCAGAGCCCAACAAUUUGCAAUACUGCAGACAACCUGAGGCCUUUCUUCAACUCAAUAACAAUAUUAUUGCAUUGGAAAAUAGUUACAAUCCAACUGAAGUUACAAAUGAAGAAAAUGUUGUGAACUCUGGGGCAGAUGGCAAUGGUUUGUCUUCACAUUGGAUGCUGCUUUGAUAUAUAUAUAUAUAUAUAUAUAUUUCCAAAUAAAUUUGCAAAAACAAAAAAACCAUAAGUCUAUUUCAAUCCAUUCAAUAUUGUAAUACUAAUAAUAAUAUAUUUAUGAACCUUAUAAUUAUCUAUUGGACAUGCUUCUGUUUAACUAUUUA